AUGAGUCGGCAACAACAACAAAAGCAAGAGCAGAAAACGCACAGUAACAAAGUUGUGGCUACUACAAGGAGGUUCCCUUCAGAUUCUGGCGCUUUUGCUGACUGGUCAGCCACUCCCUCCGCCGCCGUUUCUGGCCGCGCCGACGAUCUCUCCCUCGGUUUCAAUGCAUCCUCCGCCGCCGUACACGGCGGCGCUGCCUCCGGGAUGUGGCCAGGGGCAUCUAGGUCAUUCAACUACAACCUGGCACCUCAUCACGACAUCUUCGUGGUGGCACCUUCUUCUUUUCACCACCACCACCACAACGACGCCGUUUUGUCUGAUCCUAAUAACAACGGUUCCACUUCCGUCGGGGUCAACGUUAUCCCUCUGUUAACCGCCACUCCAUGCCUUGCAUCUCCUAAUAUAAUCUUGGACAACGAGGGCGUAAUGGGAAAUAACAGCCGUAACAGAAUUCAGUUAUGGCAAGAUCACGAGUCUCAACACCAACAACAACCCAGUAACUACCUGAAGAAGCAUGGGCACGGUGUUAUUGAGCAUAACAGUAACAGUGGCGAUGGCAACAAUUUGAUUCUGCAAAGUGGUUCCGUUACUAACAGUGGUGGAUCCACGUGUCAAGAUUGUGGGAACCAAGCGAAGAAAGAUUGUAGUCACCGGAGGUGCAGGACGUGUUGUAAGAGUAGGGGUUUUGAUUGCCCUACUCACUUGAAGAGCACGUGGGUGCCGGCGGCGCGACGGAGGGAACGGCAGCUUAUGACGUCGGUGGCGGCUGCGGGGUCUACUGGUUCCACUUCUGGCUCUAAGAAACCUAGGCUUGUGGCUUCGCAGACCACUACUACUUCACAUACUUCAACUUCUAAUACCACUCCACCUAGGAGUUUUGACACUGGCUCUAGCCAUCAAGAUGCAAGUUUCAAAGAGUCAUUGCCUUGUCAAGUGCGUGCACCAGCAGUGUUCAAGUGUGUUAGGGUGACAGCAGUGGAUGAUGGGGAAGAUGAGUAUGCUUAUCAAGCAGUGGUGAAAAUUGGUGGCCAUGUGUUCAAAGGGUUUCUUUAUGAUCAAGGUGCGGAGGAUAGAGAUGGGUAUCCUAAUAUAUCUGAACUGCAUUUGGGUGGUGGUGGUGGUGGAAGUAGUGGAAAUGUUGGAAGUGGUGGUAGAAAUGGUCCAAUGAUGGAUCCUUCUGAAGUUUAUGCAGCUUCAAGUGGAGGGUUACUUGGAGGUUCAUCUAAUUAUGGUAAUCCAAUAAAUUAA